AGCGCGGGAAAUCCCGAGUGCAGCUGCAAUCCCGCGGGCAGCUGGGACCAUGGCCACUUCUUCGGUGUCCAAGGGCUGCUUUGUGUUUAAGCCAAACUUCAAGAAGAGAAAGAUCUCUGUGCCAGUAGAGGACUAUUUUAAUAAAGGGAAAAAUGAGUCUGAGGACAGUAAGCUUCGAUUUGAAACUUAUCACUUGAUAUGGCAGCAGAUGAAAUUUGAAACUGAGCAACUACAAGAGGAAUUAAAUAAAAACCUGUUCGAUAGUCUAAUUGAAUUUCUGCAAAAGUCUUACUCUGGAUUUCAGAAGAAUUUAAGAGACUGGGGCUGUCAAAUAAAACUCAGAGAAAUUCCAACUGCUGCUAUCAUUCUAGGUGUGAACGUAACAGAUCAUGAUUUAACAUUCAGAAGUCUAACAGAAGCCCUUCAGAAUAAUGUCACUCCAUAUGUAGUCUCAGUGCAAGCUAAAGAUUGUCCAGAUAUAAAACAUUUUUUACAAAAACUGGCCUCACAGUUGAUGGGCUGCUGUGUAGAUGAGGAAUCCAAAGAGGGAAGUAUUCAGGUCACCCAGAAAAAGAUACAUUGUUCAAUGGAUUCUCUUUCCAGUUGGUAUAUGAAUGUCACACAGAAGACAGACCCAAAAAUGCCAAGGAAAAAGAGGACUUCUACUAGUCAAUGGCAGUCUCCUCCUGUUGUGCUUAUCUUAAAGGAUAUGGAAAGCUUCACCACAAAAGUACUCCAAGACUUCAUAAUUAUCUGCAGUCAACAUCUACAUGAAUUUCCACUAAUACUCAUUUUUGGAAUUGCCACAUCUCCUAUUAUCAUCCAUCGGUUGCUUCCUCAUGCAGUAUCAUCUCUGUUGUGCAUAGAACUAUUCCAGUCUCUGUCCUGCAAGGAGCACCUGACUACAGUACUUGAUAAGCAGUUAGACUCUAGAAUGAUGUUAGAUAAUAGUGAUGAUAGCAGGAUGUUGGCAAAGGAUGAACUGAUGACCAUUCUUCAGAAAUGUUUCCAGGUUUUUAAGUCCUCUUCUGAAAAGCAGCUUGAGAGCACAGCAAAGAGAAUAGAGGAGUUUCUGGCCCAGUUACAGAGUCUUGAUGGUGAGAAUAUAAUAUCUUGCCAAUUCUACUGGCUAUGACAGUUAUUUAAAUAAAAUAACAUGGAAAAUCCCACUUUCUGAUGUUUCAGAGAUGAAGAGAUAAAGUAGUUCAUGGUCAGUCAGCAUACCAACCCUCAGAAUAUAGUAUCUUGACCAUCACAAAUAAGAUGAAUGGUUCUCUUCCAGAUUUGGUUUAAACAGUGAAAAUCCUCAAAUGGGCAAGAAAAAAAAUUGUUCUCCCAGAUGGACAGUUUAGAGGACUUAUCUUUAAAAACAAAAAGGCAACAAGAAAUGAAAAGGUUGGAGAGAGUAGCAGGGCAUCAUAAUUAAGGACUCCUUUUACAUGUUUUUUCUUAAGUAUUUCAUCAAGUUCUUUAUAGAUUUCAAAAACACUGCAUAAAUCAUUUGUAAGCCUGAAAAAUUAAUAGCUGUGAACCACUUUCACAGCAGUGAGACUCAUUGGUAUGCUGAUUACCAAAAUAUGCAUGAGGUUGGCUGUAAUCGGAUUUAUAAAACCUGGAAUGAACUGAGGCAGCCUGGCAUUCCCCAGUGUUGGAGUCUUAACACUUUCCUUGAUUUUUGCCUGAGUGCAGGGGUAGCCUGAUUGUGUAUAGGUAGCCAUGUUCUGUUUUCUAAGGCACUAUGGAUUGAUGCUGAUCAUUCACUUUUCAUGGGCUCUUCUCUUGCUCUUGUUCUAGCACUAAAGUAUGGCAUUCUUUUGGGAAAACAAAACGAGUGUGCACCCUUUAUUUCCCCCUAUUUAGGGAAAUUGUAGUUUGGGAGGUUGGGGGAAAGAGGCAGCUUGGUAUGUAAGCACAUAGAUGGGACAUGGCAUGGUGAAAAUAUUUCACUUGGAAUGUCUGUAUCAGUCCUUUCUGUGUUUGGCAAGUGUUCAUCUUGAAAAUCCUUUACAUUAAAGGCAAAUGCUUUUGCUGAAAUCCCUCCAUAUCUCUCCACAGCUGCAAUGCUAGGUACCUGAU